AUGUUUGACAAAAAUAUUGAUAGAGAUGUAGAAUUUGUCAGGUUGCAGAGUAAUGUGAGCUUCUCUGGCUCCUCAGAUGAGGAAGGUGGGUGUAGAAAGAAAGGCGGAAAGUAUACAGUCUUUAAUGAGAAGACUGACAUGGCCAAUCCUAGGUUCAUGGUUGGCAUGGAGUUCAAGACCCAUAAGGUGUUGAGGGAUGCAAUUAAGGAGCACUCAAUCAAAAUGGGAAAGAAGAUUAAAUUUAAGAAAUGUGAUAGGCAAAAAGUGAAGGCAGUUUGCCAAACAGGUUGUCCAUGUGAAAUCUAUGGAUCUUAUGUUCCCAGUGAUGCAUUAUUUAGGGUUAAAAAGUAUAAGAGUGUGCAUGAGUGUUCUAGGUCUUUCCAUGUACCUUGGGUAAGGGCUUUAAAUCCGGGAACAACUAUUAAAAUGAAAGUGAAAUUGAAUGAAUCUGGACAAUUUGCUAAGUUUAAGAGAUUAUCUAUUUGCUGGGUUGAAUUGAAGAAAGGUUUCCUGCAAGAUUGUAGGCCAAUAAUAGGUUUAGAUGGGUGUCAUUUGAAGGGGCCACAAGGUGGGAUUCUCUUGACAGUUGUUGCCAUUGAUGCUAACAACUGUAUUUACCCAUUUACAUAUGUUGUGGUAGAGAAGGAGAAGUUCAAGACAUGGAACUGGUUUCUUGAGCUACUCAUAAAGGAUCUUAACAUAUGA